AUGCAGAUGAGAAAUUGGGACUACAAUAGGGGACCAGGACAGAGGCAAAGACCCUUUCCUGAUCACCAGUUUUAUGAUGAUUAUGAAGAAGACAUUCAGCUGAAGGACCCAGACUUCAGUAACAAGGGACCUGGACAAAGGUUGAGACCCUUUCAUGGACACCAGUUUCAUGAUGAUUUACGGGCAGAGAGACAAUCAAGGGACACUGAAUUUAACAGAGGUCAUGGACAAAGGCAGAGAUCUUUUCCUGACCGUCCAUCUCAUAAUGACUUGCAAGAAGACAGGCAGUCAAAGGAUUUUGAUUUUGGUAGCAGGGGCCAUGGCCAGAGACGAAGACCAUUCCAUGACCACCAGUCUCAUGAUGAAUUUCAGACUCAGAUGCAGAUGGAAGAGUUAGAUUGUGUCAACAAAGGACCUGGCCAAAGACUAAGAUCUUUCCAUGACUAUCAGUCACAUGAUGACUUACAGCCACAGGUGCAGUUGGGAGAUUUUGAAUUUGUUAACAGGGGUCGUGGGCAGAGGUUGAGACAUUUCAAUGAUCACCAGCCUCGCAAUGACUUAAAAACAGAGAUGCAACAGAAAGAUUAUGAUAAUAAAGGUCCUGGACAAAGGCGAAGACCUUUUCAUGACCAUCAGCCUUAUGAUGACAUACAGGAACAGACUCAGCUAAAAGAUUUUGAUUAUGGUGAUAAAGGGUAUGGACAAAGGCCAAGACCUUUUCAUGAUCGUCCAGGUCACGAUGACUUGCCACAUGAAUGGUGUUCUGACAGAAGUCAGUCUUUUUCUUCCCAUGAAAAUGUACCAGAACCUCCUUUCUCCUCAUCUCCUUCACUUCACAGAGAUUAUGGGUCUGAUAAUGAUGACUUUAACAGAAGUUACAGUAAUCGACCAAACUGUCCUGAAGACAAUAGGAGAAUGCAUCCCUCAGAUGAAUUUAAUAGAGGAAAAAACAGAUUUGCACCAUAUUCUUCACGAACAAUGCAUCCAUCUUCAUCUGUACACCAAGACAAUAGUUCAAUAGACUAUGAAAGAAAACCUUUCCAAGGUGAAACUAUCAGAGAGAUGGAACAAAGCAAAAGAUUACCAGUUGUAACAGUUGAUUACAAUUAUGGGCUGCCAUUAGAUUAUGGACCUGAAGAGGAAGAGGGAGAACAUUAUGAUUUACCAUCGAGAGAUCGCUACAACUGGUACUGAAUAAAAAGGUCAAUGUUUACUCAGCUUAGACUUGAUUUUACACGUUUGACGUUGUAUGUGGACCAAUUUAUUUUU